AUGGCUGCAUUUCCGCAAUCUCACCACGAUCCUCUAAAUAUCCUGAUGGCGCCUUCUCCCCUCCCUGGCCUUCGUGAACAUGAAGCCGCUCCUUCUCUUUUUCCAACCAGGGGAAGCUAUAACUUGGUCCAUGCAAGCAAGGUGUUUCCAAAACGUAUGCCACUCUAUUUAUUGAAGAAGAUAACAAAUGAUUUCUCUGAGGACCGUGAGCUUGGUACUGGUGCAUAUGGAAAAGUUUACAAGGGAGUGCAUAAAAAUGGUGAAACUAUCGCUGUGAAGUUGCUUCAUUCCAUGCCAGGACUUGAUGACAAAUGUUUUGAGGAGGAGUUUCAGAACCUUUCAAGACUCCAACACAAGAAUAUUGUGCGUCUUAUUGGCUUUUGCCAUGAAACUCAACGCGAAUUCGUACCGCAUGAAGGAAACAUGAUUUUUGCUGAUAGCAAACGUAUGGCACUCUGCUUCGAAUAUAUGCAUAAUGGAAGCCUUGACAAGUACAUUUUUGGUAUUAUUGUGCUCUUCUUUUCUUGUAUGAUCAGUUUAAUUCACUUGAAGUAA